AACUCUGAUCAAAAGACUCCAACUUUUCUCGUGUUGAGAGAAUAGAGGAUCAGAGCGCUUAAAGGGGCUUACGGGUACGAUUCGUAGUAGUAAUCGCUUUGUGGUUUGAAAGAUCCAUUGAAAAUUUGUUACGCUUGGGGUUAGAUUUAGGGUUUUCAUCUAGAUUCGUCACUCACUGGAGCUUUGUGAAGCUAUGGAGGAUGCGAUGGUGAUCAAGGUGAAAUAUGGAGAUACAUUGAGGCGUUUCAGUGUUCCUGUUAAUGAGAAGAAACAGCUUGAUCUUGAUAUGGAUGGAUUGAAGUGGAAAAUCCUAAGUCUCUUUAAUUUUCCCCCCAAUGCUGAUCUGAUUCUUACUUACGUAGAUGAAGAUGGUGAUGUGGUAACACUUGCUGAUGACAAUGAUUUGUGUGAUGUGAUGAGCCAGAGAUUGAAGUUCUUGAGGAUUGAUGUGCAGCUGAACGAUGAACAAUCUGGUAAUUCGAGUGAAUCUGGUGGUUGUGCAACCCCCACGAGCUCUCCACACAUCCAGAAGCCAUUGCCAAACAUUAGUGUUGAUGUUAAUGAGGUCUUGAAAUUGAUCCCAGACCCAUUAUAUGAGACACUUUCAAAGCUCUCUCUUGACUUGGCUUCGAAAGCUACAUCUUCUAGCCCAGUUCUUGCUGAGCUUCUUGAGUGCUUUUCAAAGAUGAGUCAUAGUUACCUCAAUCCAGUUUCUCAAUCAGGUCCAGCUUCAAGCACACUGAGAGGUGGUUCUACUGGUUUAAAGGCACCAUUGGUGUCUAACGAUGCAAAUGACUCUUAUUAUUAUGGUUCACAAGAGGUGUUGAGAAAGUCUAACUUGGCGAAUGAACAAAGCAAGAAGGUGGAGAUUGAAAAUGUGGCUCGAGGUGUGGAUGCACCAAAUUUGUCUAAAGCUACGCCUGUUGAUUUGAAUGUCAAGCCUCCCAUUAAUGGCCCUGCUAGCGAUGAUGCUAGGAUCCGUAAGGAGAUCGACGGUUAUCUCAAUGGAAAAUCUGUUGGUUUUGGUGUGUCAGAUAUGGCAGGAUCUAUGAGGCCCCCUAAUGCGGUUAGGGGUCAAAACACUGAAUUGAUUGGUAAUCUCUCCAAUGAAUGUCCAUUUAGUGGAUUGACCAUAAAUAAUCAAGCGGCCAUUCCUCUUCGUGUGAAUCCUCGGGUUUCUCCUUUUAAGAGAAGCAAUAAUCGUUAUGAUGCUGCUGUUGGUAUGUUUCAUAAGGGUGUCCGUUGUGAUGGAUGUGGGGUUCAUCCAAUUACCGGGCCUCGAUUUAAAUCUAAAGUAAAAGAAGAUUAUGACCUCUGCAGCAUCUGUUUCUCAGAGAUGGGGAAUGAGGCUGAUUACAUCAGGAUGGACCGGCCUCAGUCUUAUCGGCAUUCUCAGUCUGUCCAUGGUUUACGUGAUUAUACGCAGCAUCCUAGGGUAAUACGGCAGUUCUUAAAAGGUGAUUCGGCAAAGCCGGCUCGGCCUAAGCUAGAUAGCCGUUUCGUUUUGGACGUGAAUGUGUUGGAUGGGACUGUGAUGGCCCCUUCUACCUCAUUCUCAAAGAUUUGGAGGAUGCGCAACUGUGGCGACUCAGUGUGGCCCCAGGGAUCACAGCUCGUGUGGAUUGGAGGAGACAGAUUCAGUAGCACUAUUUCUGUCAAUGUAGAGAUUCCUGCCGACGGUGUGCCUAUAGAUGGGGAACUUGACGUGGCAGUUGACUUUAUUGCACCUCAAUUACCUGGUCGAUACAUCUCAUACUGGAGAAUGUCAACCCCAUCUGGUGUAAAAUUUGGGCAACGUGUUUGGGUUCUCAUACAGGUUGAUGGGGCCCUGAAGGAUGCAUUUUGCCAAAACUUUGAAGACAUAAACUUGAAUGUUACCCUGCAGGAUGCAAUUGAUGGAUAUCAAGGCCUAAACUUGAAUUAUCCUCCGGUUAGCAGUUGUUCAAAAUCCCCUCAAGUGUUAGAUAUGAAUGUUCGGCCUGUUGGGGAUGUUGUCUCAUCUCUUCCUAGUGAUAAUGUUGUCACAGAACCUGCUAAGCCAGUGGGCGUUGAACAACCUAAAGAGGUAAAUGCAGAGUCCAAUUUCCCUAUAAAUGAUGUCUUGCUAGUAGGAAGUGGUGCGUCUGCCCCUCCUGCUCCUCUACAGGGCCCUUCCGAAGUCAACGCUCCUGUGUCAUGCCCAAUUAUUGAUCUUCCUGAAGCCACUGCAGCUGGGACAUCCCAUGCAACUUCCCCUGUCACGGAGGUGCCAAUUUCAUCUGUAGGGGUCAAAAUAAUUGAUGAGGUUGAGAAGUCCCUCCUUGAGGAGCUUGAGAUGAUGGGUUUCAAGCAGGUUGACUUGAACAAGAAGAUCUUGAGGAGGAAUGGAUACAAUCUGGAGCAGUCAGUAGAUGAUCUCUGCGGUGAUGCUGAAUGGGAUACAAUCCUUGACGAGUUGCAGGAGAUGGGAUUCUGCAAUCAAGAAGCUAACAAGAGACUGCUGAAGAAGAACAAUGGGAGUAUUAAGCGUGUGGUCAUGGAACUCCUCUCUGGAGACGAGGAGGUUUAGCUGAAAGAACCCUCUAAACAGUUCAGUGGACAUAGAUGUUAUCAUAAAUAAAUGUACUCCUUUGAGCCGAUUGCUGUAAGACUUGUUUAAGUUUGUGGACGAACAUAUUUAUGAUUGUCUGAGAACUUUCUCAGGGAGAUGGGAAUGAUUUGUUUUAUAAGCAUUAGUGCAAGAAAACUGUUGGUGUUCA